AUGACGAAAGAGGGCGUUUGGUUGAAGCAACAGCAAACAACGAGUGAAAGCCUCCAAAGCACGCAUUCAGAUGACAAUAGCAGGUCGGUAAUUUUUGGAAAUAGUACUUUAAUUAAUAAUUCAAAUGAAAAUAAUUUUGAUUUGAAAAUUCACAAAGUAGUAAGCUUUGUAGUUUUUCACUUUUAGACAAUCAACAGCAUCAAGGACUGAUCAAAUGUUUGAAAUGAGCCUCUUCAGUACCCCAUCAUGUUCUUCAGAAUAUGGGCUCCAGCGUACAGACACAUGGACACCAGGUUGUGCAAGUGCCUAUCUGAGUGACACUGACAGUGAUCAAGAGGAAUGCGAUGUUGCUGCAGGUACUUCAGUUUUAGAUCAAUACAAUCAGGCUAUGGAAAAUAUAUCUCAGCUGGCCGGAACUCAAGCGCCACCAAAAUUGACUUUCCAGCUCGAUG